UGCAAAGCAGAGCAGCAGGGGUUGGGGGGGGCGUCUGUUUUCUGGUCCGAUCAAGGGCCCUGAGUGGAUCCAUCUGGGCGAAGACUAGGGUCCUCCGGCGGUCCAAAGGCUCUCUCUCUCUCUCUCUCUCUCUGUGUCUGCUCCUGCGAGUUGAUGGCAAGGGGGCCCCUGGCCAUCAGGAGGUGCCCACCCACCGCUGCCUGGAGCGGCUCCCCCCCCACGGAACAGCUGCAGGUGCUAUGGGGAAACUUCUGGCCCUUGCGGGCGCAGGUGCGUGUGUGCGUGCUGAGAGGCUAAUGGCCUCCUCCUCCCCCUGCUUCCGGGGGGGGGCGAGCCUUUACCUAGAAUUGCUGGGAACGCAGGACGUGCCCUCAGAUAAGCAAGAACCGGCCGGUCAGUCACUUCAGCCGGGUCGGUCAGUGACUCCACACUUUGCCUGGCAAACCCCACCGAGCGAGGGGGCCUCGGUGCCACCUGGAGGGCGAGGACUCUCUGCGGGUGCCCAGCUGCACGGUCAGGGCAAUGGGCAGGGAGCCCCCGAGCCUCCUCCUUCUGCGGCUGCUGCUGCUCCUCCUGCUGUUGGGGCUCUCCGCCCUCCUCUCUCCGCUCGGCAGCCCGGCCUGGUCCUGCCCAGCUCUGUGCCAGUGCUUUGGGAACACCACCGCCUUCUGCUCCGAGGAAUGCCCGUCGGAGCUGCCAUACGGGAUCGUCCCCAACGCCAGCCGGCUGCUUUUUGAGGAGACGCCGGGGGGCUCCAUCCUGAGCAGGGCAUUCGCCAACCUCACUGGGCUCCGCAAGCUCGCCUUCUAUUGCACCGCCCUCCGGUCUUUGGGCAAGGCCGCGUUCGAGGGGCUGCCGGAGCUGAGAGAGCUGGACAUCUCCGUCAGCCAGCUGACCGCCCUGACCAGCGACCACUUGGUGGGCUUGGGCCACCUUAGCAAGCUGUCCGUCCAGUUCAGCCUCCUCGAGAGCCUGGAGGCGGGACUCUUCCAGCAGACGGCAGGCCUCCGAGCCCUCCACCUGGAAGGGAACAAGCUCUGCUCUCUGCCCGCCGCCCUUUUCCACCCCGUGGGGCAGCUGGAGUCUCUCUCUCUGUCCGGGAACUGCCUGGCCGAGCUGCCGGGGAGGGUCUUUGAGGCCCUGACUCUCCUGCGGGCGCUGAAGCUGAGCGACAACCACCUUGCGUCCCUCUCGCCGGGCGUCUUCCACUCCCUGAGCAGCCUCCGGGAGCUCUUCCUGGAGGGGAACGCCCUGGCCGAGCUGCCGGAGGGCCUGCUCUCUCCGCUGCCCCACCUGCGGCGUCUCCACCUGCAGCACAACCUCCUGGAGCGCCUGCCUCCUGCGCUCUUCUCCUCCCUCUCCUGCCUGGUCUUCUUGCAGCUGGACCACAACCACUUAGCGGAGCUGCCCGGGAGCCUCUUCCGGGGGACCCCGGGCCUCGUGGAGCUCUCCCUGGCUCACAACCGGCUGGAGAGCCUCCCCGAGGGGCUGCUGGGUGACCUGCCCAAGCUCUCCCUCCUGGUCCUGUCGCACAACCGGCUGAGCCACUUGCCCGCCGGGGCCUUCGCUGGCUCGCCUGCCCUCCGCAGGCUCUGGCUGAGCCACAACAACCUCAGCGCUCUGCCUCGGGAGGCGUUCGCCAACCUCACCCGCCUGGAGUUCUUAGACCUUGCCCACAACCAGCUGGCGGCUCUGCCGGACGGCCUCUUCGACACCAACGAGGCCCUCUUCUUGGUGGCUCUGAAAGGCAACCCCUGGGCCUGUGACUGCCACCUGGGUUACCUGGCCCAGUGGCUGCAGGGCUCCGACCCCCUCGCCAAUGCCCAAGCGUUGUGCAGGAGCCCGGCUCACCUGCGGGGCCUGAGCCUGCCAGGCGUGGAGCAGGAGCAGCUGGUUUGCCCCCGGCGCCCGCCUGGGUCGGCCCGCUGCCGGGCGGAGGGCCAGCAGGGUCCUGCUGGGGGGGAGCAGGGCGCCUCCUCCUCCUCCUCUCGGUGUGUUUACCAGGACCCCGCGGGAGGCCUCCGCCUCGCCUGCGACCGCCAGGCCUGCCACCAGCUCAGCCUGGGCCUUCCCCAAAGGGAGGGCACGCCGGGGGAAGGGCAGCAUCUCCACGGGAACUGGAGCCUGGGCUCCGACUGCGGGCCGCUGAGGGUCCAGGUCACGGUUGCGAUCGAGAAGGAGACUCUCCCGGCGGGAGGAGGAGGAGGAGGAGGAGAGGGCCCUCCCGGGCCAGCAGAGGAGGCGUCCCCCUGAGAGGGACCUUCGCGCAGGGGCCCCAGCGGAGCCAGGGGGGCGGGAGGGGCUCCGGAGGGCUGAGAGGCAGUUCCCCUGACAUGGUCCCUGAGGGGGGGGGGCGGGCACGGCCUCGCUGCCGCAGCUCCUCGGAAGGGAAACUGCCUUGCGGGCUUUUGCGCGCCACAAAUUGGCCAAGUGAGG